GUGUGACGUCGUUCAGUGGGCGGGAUCGCCUAGCUGGGACGCGAGAGCGCGCGAGUCUCCGGCAGCAGAAUGAGAAGCAGAGGAGAGAAGCGUACGAACUUAACUCGAUUAUAUCUUUUUUACUCACCUGGAGGACACACAAACACAUAGGUGAGAAGCUCGGCUAAUGGAUGAAGAUGAUGAUGAUGUCUUCCGGAAGGGUCGACAGCGUUGGCCUUCCUCUCAUCAUCAGAUAAAGACAGCAGACGGGGGUCUUCAUUCAUCAGGGCUUCCCUCUGCAUCGUCCAACAACAUGCUGCCCUGCCGGAUACGUGAGGAGCACAGACGCCUUCUCUACGGUAAUCCAGGACUGUUACUGCUCGCACCGACCGUUCGCUCACAGCCUUUAGACGUCGCUCUACAAGAGAACCUGCAGGUGAUGGAUCCGCCCCCACCGCGCCCCGCACAGAGCAUCGAGACCCUCAUCGGACAGAAGCUCAGGCUGAUCGGAGAUCAGUUCUAUCAGGAACAUAUGACGCAUCAGAGAAACCAGAGGGUCCAGGAGGGGUUUUGGUGGCGUGUGCCGCUGACGAUCUAUACGCUUUUGUUCAGGAGAGAGGCGGGCGACAGGAGGGACGACAGACAGUGAGCACACCAUCCAGGUCCCAGUCUCACCACGGACAGGGACGUCUUAGCGCACUGGUUCAUAUUUAACACGGGUAUUGAGGGAAAAAAACAAAAAGACAUUGUCUCCGCAGGACGGGGACAGUUUUAUAUCGCAGUGUUUUUUCUCCUUGAAGAUGCCAUGUUGUUCUUGAGAUUCAAACAGGAAUAUUUUCAUAAGAAACGUGUUGAGGUAUUUUGUACAGUACACUGUUCAAGUUUAAUUUCGAUUGCACUUCCUUACAUGUAUGUUUGAAAUGAGUUCUGCGACUCUUGGGAGGAGCCUUACUGUCCCAGGGCGGGGCUUUUUAUUUAGAAACCUCCCAGAACAUCAAUCCACUGAGACCCAUUCUCACAAUCAAACGUUUGCACCUCAUUUUCAUCGUGUUUAUACUGUAUUACUUGUGAAUUUUGUUUUGUUUUUAUUGAUGAUGGGGUGAGAAAGCUCCAGAUGUUUGUCGAACAUUAUGAAGUCAGUGAUGGAUUCAUGUACUACUCUUAUUUGACUUGUUAUCUUCUCAUUUCAUAGCUUUUAUUUGACGUCUUGUCAUUGACAAUCAAAUGAAGUAUAUUAUCAGAAUAAUGAUCUCAGACAGGUGAAGGUGGAGAUAAAUCAGCCUCAGAAACAUACAACACAUUCAAGAUUAACAUUUUAGUUUUGACUCUCAUUCAGGUACUAAAAUCCAUUCAAUUCAGUUUGAUAUAAACUCAUGUUUCUAUAUCACAUUACUACCUACAGUAAGAAUAACAACCAGUGUUUACAGUAAUGCAUACAGUAACCAUAUCAACAUCUGAUAUAGGGCUGCAUAACAACUAAUCAUUUGCAAAAUAAAAGUUUUUGUUUAGAAUCUCAUAUAUAUGUGUAUGUACUGUGCAUUAUAAUGAUGUUUAUAUAACUACACACAUGCAUGUAUAUAUAUGAUCUAAACAAAAGCUUUUAUUCUGCAAACGAUUAGUAGUCCUAGUUUGAUAUUCUAGUCAUGGACACUUCAGUCGCUUGCGUGUGUUUUUAUAUCAUGUUAAGUGUCUGUGAGCAAUACUGUGUAAAUCUGAAUGAGUUCAUUCUCAUGACACUUGAACGAUUUCACUAUUAGUUUAUGUGUAUUUUGUUUAAUAUCUGUCAGGUGAUCGGUUCAAUCAAUGGAGAUUUUUUGAAGUAUAUGACCACUAGUUUUUUGUACAUGAGGACGACGUGUGUUCUUUUGGAGGUUUACUGUCAUUCUUAUAUGUGAAUACACUGAUGCUUUUCUCAAUCAUCUUUCAUAUUGUGCUGUUUUCAUCUUGAAGGAGUGACACAGGUUUAUUUGAUUCUGGAAUCAUGAAAGGAUUUUAUUCUCAGAUUGUUUUUGUUUCGAGAUGUGAGCAGAAUGAAGAAUCUUUUAUUUCUUUUUUUUUGGAAGAGAUUAAUUCUUAUAAAAGUCCUCAUUAUUCAUGAAAGCGUCAAAUGGUUGUUCAGUCAUUGGAUGAAUUUCAUAACAAGAUGUAAAUAACUGUAUAAGUUUCCAUCCCAAAUAUCUGAUACAGCUUACAUGAAGAAAACAAAGCCUGUUUUCAAUACCAUUAAGAUUUUAUAACAUGAAUUUAAUGGUUUCACAGACAAGGUUUAAGGCUAUAGUCCUAGACUAAAACACAUGUUUCAACUGAACGUACAGAUCUUACAUUAUACCAGCACCAUUGAUUUGUCUCAAGAUACACACCAGUAUCAUCUUUUAAGCAUUAAAGUUGAUUAAAAAUGCUUAAUUUAACUAAAGGCCUUAACUAAGAUUUAGCUCAUUUGUCUGUGAAAGCAGGUCAUAGUCUUCAGCUUUAUAUUUUAUUCUAAAACAGUGCGAGUUGUGUGUUUUUCUUUCUUUCUGUGUUUUGUGUUAGCUCUGUUGGUACAUCAGUAUGGUACAGCAUCAGAUCAGAGAUCUUCAUCAUUGAUGAUGUGAGAGAGAAAUGUUUGUUUCCUGCAGAUUGAGAACGCUGAGCCAGUGUCGGUCUCUCUCUCACUUCUUUUUAUUGAUAGUUUCUUUCUUUUAUUUAUUUGCUUUUCUGUGCAAUUGUGUUUUUAUUGAUGUUGUGAUGCUUUGUUGGUGUAGCAGCAUCCGAAUCUCUUCAGCUUUUCUUCUCUCAGAUUAAAGUGCCAACAGAUGAGGCAGAAUCGUAUCACCUCGCCUUUACUGUAAUGUGUCUGAAUGUUUUACUUGGUUUGUGAAUCUUAUUGACAAUUCAUCUUUUCAUGGCUCCUAACAUACUGUAGGAUUCAUCUCUAGGGGAAAAAAUACAUUAUUUCUAUUUGUGGGAACAUUUGACCUGGACAUGUUUUCAUGUGUGUAAGAGAAACUAAUGGUGACUUAUACUUCUGCCAACUCUUUAUUAUCUGAAGAUCGGAGUUAAAAAAGACUAAUUUACAGUAAGUUUAGUUAACUGGAGGAUUUGAAGAUAGCUGUGAUGGAUCAUUCCUGCUGUGAUGGAUUUUCUAUGAAGUGCUUUAUCUCUGUGUUGUAUUUGUUAUUUUUUUACAUGCACUGGAAAGUUAUUUGUGUUUGAUUUAAUUUCAAGAUCAUUUUUUUUGUACCCGUGUUGUACACACAUCACAUCCCAUCAUGGCUUUCUUAUGAAGGUCUUAUAUCAGGAAUGUGUUUUUGUCUUUGUACUAUUUUUUUGCCAUCUGACAAUGUAUUUGAUUGAAAGGAUUACAAGCACACUGCCGUGCCCAGUAUUAAUCAGAUUUGUGUUCAAAUGAUCUUAACAGUGUCUUUAAAUGCAGUUUUCUUAUCGUCUGGACUCGUAGUUUUUGAUUUGUAAAAAUGUUUUUUUUUUACUGAAAGUUGUGUCUUUUUUAAGGCAGAUAUUUAUAAAUGAUGUCAUAAUAUGAUGAAGGGCUUUUAAUCCACAUACUCUAUGAGAUGCAUCAAACUGAAAGUUAUCUUGAUGUGUUUUUAUUUAGGCCUGUAUGACAUCACCACAAAACAACAUUAUUAUCAUUCAGUUUCAUUCCAUCAGAAAUCUAAUGUUUAUAAAUCUGAUCCAUUGACUAUAGAGUAAGAGAUGAUGAGACCCAGCACAGAUGUAGCAUUUCUCUAAACAUUGACUGGACCGUGCACUCCUCCUCACGCUCUUCUUCUUUCUCUUUUUAAUGCAGUAUCAACGUUAUAUAGAUUUGUUAAAUAGUGCAAUAUGCUGUAUAUAAGAGCUUUGCUCUAAAACAACACUUUUCUGAAUUGUUUUGUUUUAUUGGUACAUCUUUUUCAAUAAAAUCUCUCUGAAUAAAAA